AUGGCCGACAGAGGAGCCAAGCGAGCGAGUGCAGACUCGGACGAGACAUCCAACAAGAAGACCAAGAUGGAUGGAAAGGCGAACCCGUAUCUCGCCCACAUGUACGAGGAGGAGAACGGCUGGGGAUCUGGCGCGCCUUCGCCCAACUCGCCGCUGGCGGGAAUGAAGCGCCGCCAGACAUCUGCGCAGGAGGCUUCCAAGGCCGAGGAUUCCGACUCGAACCCCUUCACGGGCCGUCAGCACUCGCAAAAAUACUUUCAGAUUCUGCAGACGCGGCGAGAUCUCCCCGUCCACAAGCAGAGGCAAGAAUUCCUCAACAAGUAUCAUUCGACCCAGAUCCUCGUCUUCGUCGGUGAGACUGGUUCCGGAAAGACCACACAGAUCCCCCAGUACGUCGUGUACGAUGAGCUGCCGCAUCUCAAUGGCAAGCUUAUUGCCUGCACGCAGCCGCGUCGAGUCGCUGCCAUGUCAGUGGCCCAGCGUGUGGCCGAUGAGAUGGACGUCGCGCUCGGAGAGGAAGUCGGUUACAGCAUCCGUUUCGAAGACAAGACGACGCCCAAGACCAUGCUAAAGUACAUGACGGAUGGUAUGCUCCUGCGUGAGGCCAUGCACGAUCACGAGAUGUCCAGAUACAGCUGCAUCAUCCUCGACGAAGCGCACGAGAGAACACUGGCCACCGACAUUCUCAUGGCUCUGCUGAAGCAGAUUGCAGAGAGACGCCCAGACCUCAAGAUCAUCAUCAUGUCUGCUACCCUCGAUGCCCAAAAGUUCCAAAAGUACUUCAACGAUGCGCCCUUGCUGGCCGUCCCCGGCCGAACCCACCCCGUCGAGAUCUUCUACACCCCCGAGCCGGAGAGGGACUACGUCGAGGCUGCCAUCCGAACCGUCCUCCAGAUCCACGCCUCCGAGCCCGAAGGCGAUAUUCUGCUCUUCCUCACAGGUGAAGACGAAAUCGAGGACGCGUGCCGAAAGAUCAGCCUCGAGGCCGAGGAGCUGACGCGGGAGAUGGACGCCGGCCCGCUGGCGAUUUAUCCUCUGUACGGCACGCUGCCACCGCACCAGCAGCAACGCAUCUUUGACAAGGCACCUGGUCCGCUCAGGAAGGGUGGACAGCCCGGCCGAAAAUGCAUUGUCUCGACCAACAUUGCCGAGACCAGUUUGACCAUUGACGGCAUCGUCUACGUCGUCGACCCCGGCUUCAGCAAGCAAAAGAUCUACAACCCCCGAAUCCGAGUCGAGUCCCUCUUGGUUUCGCCCAUCUCAAAGGCCUCUGCGCAGCAGCGUGCCGGUCGUGCCGGUCGUACAAAGCCUGGCAAGUGCUUUAGGCUCUACACCGAAAAGGCAUUCAAGAAGGAGCUUAUUGAGCAGACUUAUCCUGAAGUCCUGCGGUCCAAUCUCGCCAACACCGUUCUGGAGCUGAAGAAGCUGGGAGUGGAAGAUCUCGUCCACUUUGAUCUCAUGGACCCUCCCGCCCCCGAGACCAUGAUGCGGGCGCUGGAAGAGCUAAACUACCUCGCCUGCCUCGACGACGACGGCGAGCUGACCACGCUCGGCAGCCUGGCGUCCGAGUUCCCCCUAGAUCCCGCCUUGGCCGUCAUGCUCAUCUCCUCGCCGGAGUUUUACUGCUCCAAUGAGAUUCUCUCCAUCACCUCCCUCUUGUCGGUGCCUCAGAUCUUCGUGCGGCCCGCGAGUAGCCGCAAGCGAGCAGACGAGAUGAAGGCGCUCUUUGCCCACCCGGACGGCGACCACUUGACCCUGCUCAACGCCUACCACGCCUACAAGGGCCAGGAGACUUCGGACCCAAGCUCUGCCAAGCAGUGGUGCCACGAACACUUCUUGUCCUACCGCCACCUUUCCAGCGCCGACAGCGUUCGUGCCCAACUCAAGCGCAUCAUGGAGACGCACGGGCUCGACCUAAUUUCCACCCCCUUCGAGGACAAAAACUACUACACCAACAUCCGACGGGCUAUGCUGGCCGGGUUUUUCAUGCAGGUCGCCAUGAAGGAGAGCUCAGGCAAGGUUUACCGAACCGUAAAGGAUGAGCAGGCCGUCCUGAUCCAUCCCUCGACCGUGCUGCGUACCGAGUACGACUGGGUCCUGUAUAACGAAUUCGUCCUUACGUCUAAACAGUACAUCCGAACAUGCACAGGCAUCAGGCCGGAGUGGUUAUUGGAAAUCGCACCCGUCUACUUUGACAUGGACACCUUGGAGGACGGAGACAUCAAGCGGUCCUUGGCUCGAGCCGCAGAAAAGAAAAGAAGAAAGGAGGCCAUGAAAAAGGCCAGUCGGUGA